AUGGUUUCAGGUGCCAGAUUCCAUCAGUUGCACUGUCUGCAAUGCGUGGAGGUGGCUAGUGAUGAUGGAUCGGGGAAGAUCCUUGCGGGGGAGUCGAACGAGGGACAGCGAAGAAGCGAUGAAGCGCCGAGAAGGCCGACCACCCAUCCCAAGACCACCACUUGCCCUAACCCCGGCUGUCCUGCCCCUCAUAUCGUCGAGGAUGACGGACACAAGGUCUGUUCUGGGUGUGGUACGGUCAUCAGUGAAGCAAACAUUGUCUCCGAGGUCACUUUCGGGGAAUCUUCGUCUGGUGCUGCAGUCGUUCAGGGUACCUUUGUCGGAGAAGAUCAGUCUCAUGUCCGCAGCUAUGGCCCCGGCUUCCAGCGUGGAGGGGCUGAAAGCCGUGAGAUCACCGAACAGAACGGAAAUCGGUACAUCAACCAGCUGUCUCGUGCUCUUACCAUCCCUGAGAGUGCCAUGAAGGCUGCCGGCCAAGUGUUUAAACUCGCGGUCGGACUAAACUUCAUUCAAGGUCGAAGGACUAAGACUGUCGCCGCAGUGUGUCUGUACAUUGCCUGCCGUCGACAGGAUGGUAACACCGUCAUGCUGAUCGAUUUCGCCGAUGUUCUUAUGAUCAACGUGUUCAAGCUGGGCCGAACCUACAAAGCACUGCUGGAUGAGUUGCGCCUAGGCGGCAAUGUUUUCCUGAUGAAUCCGAUUGACCCCGAGAGUUUGAUCUACAGGUUUGCUAAGCAGCUCGAAUUCGGGUCAGCUACCAUGCAGGUGGCUAGCGAGGCGGUGCGUAUCGUGCAGCGAAUGAAUCGCGAUUGGAUGACGACGGGCCGUCGUCCCGCUGGUAUUUGUGGUGCCGCCUUGAUCCUUGCAGCCCGGAUGAACAACUUCCGUCGCACCGUUCGAGAGGUUGUCUACGUCGUCAAAGUCACCGAGAUUACGAUCAGCCAGCGUCUUAAUGAAUUCAGCUCGACAGAGAGUGGCGAACUCACGGUAGACCAGUUCCGUUCCGUGCAACUGGAGAAUGCACACGAUCCACCUUCCUUUGCCAGAGCUAGGGAGGGCAGGAAGCCGUCUCGAUCUUUCAAGAGGAGGCCCACCGAAACGGCUGCCGAGAUCGAAGGAGAUAUACAGGAGGCACUGCAACCUAGGCGUGUUGACUCAGAUGGCUUUGCUAUUCCUAAUCUUCCUAUUGAUCCGGCGUUGAUAGCGGCUAGCAGCGGUCAACGCCGCCAAUCGACUGCUUCUAACACAAGCGAAGCCACAUCGGAGCCUGGGGAAGACGUCGCCAAGCCAGGUCGAAAUAAGGGUCCGAAGCGGCCUCCACUUCCCGCUCCUUCACCUGACCAGAUUGCAUCGGAAGAGGCAUUGGAAAAUGAGAUGACCGCCCUCUUAUCUAAAGGCUCAAACAUGAUUGAGACUGGGGUCAGUCCGCCAAGGAAGGUCGUAUCGGAUAACACGGAAAUCGAUGCUACCGAGUUCGAGUUGGACCCCGAGGUGUCUAACUGCCUGCUGUCUCCCGCCGAGGUCGACAUCAAGGAACGGAUCUGGGUGCAUGAGAACAAAGACUACCUUCGCGCACAACAAGAGAAAGCGCUAAAGCGGGCUCUGGCAGAAGCUGAUGCACGUCCUGGCGCCGACGGCCGUAGACUGGGAGACGUUGCCUAUCUUGAGGGUGAAGGUGAAGACGGAGACGGCCGGAGCACUCGCGCCUCGACUCCUGCUGAGGCCACUCGUCGGAUGUUGGAGAGAAGGGGUUUCAGUAAGAAGAUCAAUUACCGUCUCUUGGAGUCCCUGUUCGGUGAAGAGGGGGCCGACGAGGCCUCCAAGUCCAAGGAAGAAAGCUUGAGUCGAAGUCAGAGUCGCAGCCAAAGUGUUGUCUCUCGACGCAGUGCCAGCAUCGAACCAGAAGCGGCCUCGAGAGGUGCGGGUGCGGGGCUUGCAGCUUCCUCGACCACCAGCCAGCCCGUCGGAGGUCCUGUGUCUUCUGCAGCUCCAGUGCGUGGCUCUACGGAGCAUGUUGCUCAGGCCGGCGCUCCGGCAGAUCAAGCUGGAAAAGUGGGCCAGAAUGGAGAGGUCCUUGGCCCUGCUGAUGGGGCAAAGAACGGGUGUUCGGAUGGCGAGCAGGAGGAUGAUUACGAGGAGGAGGACGACAUGGAGGAUGAUCCCGAUGGGGUUGACGCGGCAUUUGCAGGAAACUACGGGGACUACUAUGACGAGGGAAGCGACUAUGGGAGUGACUGAAGUUGAGAUGCUCGCACUACAGGGCUUUUUUU